CAGGAGGAAAGCCCAGCACACAAGUCCCGGUGGAGGGUUGAGCUAAAAGUAUUCUGUCCGCCGAGAUUCAUCGAUACCCCUCCGUCUGUCCGGCCCGCACAGCUGAGCCAAACGGACCACGGUGCGCAGUUACGCACGGGGACGAGAGAUCCGCGGUGCUGCUCGCCGUGAAAAUCCGCAGACAAAGGGAGGUAGACCGGUUGGAGUACAACUGACUUGAGAGGACAGGAGUGCUGCCUGGAGGGGAAACGGGGAAUGUGGAGUCGGAAGUGAUUUGUCUUCUUACCCCAGAAAUGUAACUUAAAAGUUCAGGAUUUCAGGGAAGAAAAGAAUCACUUUGGAGGAGUAAGAAGAAAAAGAGUUACUGAGUGUAAUCAGUCCCCCAAAACAGCAUUCAGAUCCUCGGAGCAUGGGAGGAGUUGCCCACGAGCUGUAAAAUGUACCCGCUACACCGAGACAGAGAGCAGCCCAUCUUCAGCGCCAGAGCUCAUGUCUUCCAGAUUGACCCGGCAACCAAACGCAACUGGCUGCCGGCCAGCAAGCAUGCCGUCACCGUGUCCUUCUUCUACGAUGCCACCCGCAGCGUCUACCGAAUCAUCAGUGUGGGUGGGACUAAGGCCAUCAUCAACAGCACCAUCACCCCUAACAUGACCUUCACCAAAACGUCUCAGAAGUUUGGCCAGUGGGCAGACAGUCGGGCUAACACUGUGUAUGGCCUGGGUUUCUCCACAGAGCAGCAGCUGCAGCAGUUUGCAGAGCAGUUUAAAGAGGUGAAGGAUGCGGCUCGUCUGGCCAGAGAGAAAUCCCAAGAGAGAUUUGAACUGGCCAAUCCUGCGCUCAGCAUUGCAGCUCCACAGCUCUCCCAGGAGUUGUCGGAGGAGCAUCAUUCGCCACCGCUGCUGACUGUUAAUGGGCCGGGUGAGGAAAAGCUGUUUCGCAGUAGGAGUGCCGAAGUGGAGCUGACAAUAGAGAAGGAGAGGGUCAAGAAGAUGUUGUCUGAAGGAUCCAUGUGUGAGAUAAACCUGGAGGCUGAGCUCUUCACCCUGCAGGACAGUAAUGCCAAGCUGGUGGCAGCACUGCAGGAAGCCAACACCAGUGUUGCACAGUGGAAGAAGCAGCUGGCUGAAUACGAGGAGGAGACCGAUCGCCUCCGAGACCAGGUGGCAGAACUGGAGGCCCAGUUGGGGCACCCUGCUGCUGGUCAGAUUAGUAGAGAGGAGCUGCGUCGGUCACUAGAGGAGCUGGAAGCCCUGCUAAAUGCCAAAGACCAGGAAAUUCGCAAUCUACAGAGCAAGAAACCAGAUGUGGGUGAGCUAGAGAAGGAGAGAGAGGACGCCAUUCAGAGACUCCAGGAUCUGGAGAGACGAAACGCAGAGCUGGAGGAUCGGGUUCAGAGCGCUGAAAAGACGCUGGCCUCCAGCCAGGAGGACCAGGAGCAGGCGGAGGUCGAGGUCCGACGUAUCAUUGAGGUUCUGGACAUCAAAAUCUGUGACUUGAGCGACCUGAGACAGAGCCUGGCAAAACUCAUUGAUAAAUAGCCACAGCUGCAGUUGGGCUGUAUCUCCUCAGUCAGAGCUGGUGCCCCUCAUGUUGCCUUGAUUUAUUUUUCACCUAUAUCAAAGCAAUAUGGAGGGAAAAGUGCAGGAAACACUGUAUCAGAAGCCUCUUUCAGGUGCCAUGUGCUGAUUAAACCAUCUGUUCUGUGCAUCAUCGUCGCAUUAAUGAUGCAGUUUUGAUAUAAUUAUCAUAAACAACUGACACUUUGGUUGGAUUGGCUACUCAUUCUUGUUCUUUUUUUUUUUUUUUUUUUUUCUUCUUUUGGUCACAGUUCUCAUCAGCUGCAUGUGCUUCAGCCCUUCAGUUCUGAGGAGGAUAAAUGAUUUUUACUCCAGAUUUUUACUUCUGUUUCACCAUCUGCUAUCACUGGCAACUCUGAAAGCUUUAGUUCCCUUUACACUGGAGGGACAGUGCCCUUGUCCCCCUCUCUGCACCAGACCAAUCAAGUAUAUUUCAAAAUCUGACUGGUGCCUUACAAUAUAACUGCAGAGCCAUGCUGCUAGAAGCUGAUGGUCUCAUUUGUUUAUGGUAAUUAUCCUGAUGCCUCAACAUGAAUGAUUUAUUCAUAGCAAUACACAGGACUGCACAGAGCACCUUUGAAAGACAACUUGCACCAAAACUGAUUUUAAGCUUGCUAUUUUGCAAAGGUAGACAUUUUAUAUAUAUAUAUAUAUUCUCUUACUGAAUUGAGAGGCACGAGCUGGCAUAAGAAUUUGAGGAAAAAAGGGCCGUACAGUGUUUAAUAAAAACCACUGGUGCUUCAAAUUCCUGCAGAGAUGGAGGGCUGAACCACUCAAACAUGUUUGGGCACAGACCAUAAACUGUAACAGCAGGAGCUGCAUCAGGGAACGAGGUCUUAAUUCCAGACAUUUAACAUAUAGAAACAUCAAAGCGACUGUCCAUAAAUGCUUCUUUCAUGGCAGUUUGGCAGGAGCUCUUUUCACAUUAAACUAGUUGCCAUGGGCUGAAACAUAAUAUUUCUGUAUAAAUAAAGCUUUAGGAUUUAAAUUUUCUCACAAUUACUGGUCAGUCUCUAAAGUCAGUCCUAGUAAAAAAAACAAAAAAAACUGCACAAGUAAAAUGUCUACCUGUGUACAAUAACAAGAUAGUGUUCAUUUUGGCAUUGUGCUGUAACUGUGGAGAUGCACCCAGGAGGAGUGUAGUCGAGGUAAGGACACGGGGAGGCAAAGAUGCUGAAUAAAGUCAGUUCCAGUUCACCAUCAGCAGCCUGGACUGGCUUAACACCAGCCACAACAUGAACAAACUCAGAGAUGAAACAAGCUGCUCCCAUUUUUAUGUCCAUGUUUCAUAAUGACUGUUACUAACAGUCAGGAUUGGAAAUCAACAAUUGCUACUUGCCUAAAUGCUGCAAAAUUCGAGCAGUGGC